UGCCGCGGAUUAGGUUGCCAAGAGUCCGUUUGCCACGAAUCCGAAUCCGGACGCCUCGAAUCCGUUUGCCAAGAAUCCGCUUCCGAAGGGGAUGGGGUCGACGGAAGCGCCAGUCGGCAGAUCCUAGUUGUGAGGACCUGGAAAGCAAUGGAGAAACAGCUUGUCUGGUCUACGCGGCGCAGUGUUCUGUCUGUUCCGGAAUGGAUGAACCUGACGAACUGGUGUUACUUGAGAACGUGUGCGGCAAAGAUGUGACAGCCAUUUUCAGCAGCUUGCAAGCUAAAGAGGAAAGGCUUAUCAGAUUGGAAGAAAUAUUUGAUAUCACUAAUUCCAGUGUCUUCAGUAUCACUUCUAUCCAGUUUGACCCGUCCCAGUAUAAUGCUGAAUCCUUAGGAUACAACGCUGUCCGUGUAGGAUACUCUCUCCUAAGAACCUCCUACGUGGUCACCAUGAAGGAUCCGGUUAAUCCGACAAACCCUGUCGCCGCUAUCCCAGUCAUUUCACAACUCCUGUUUGAAGAGCUGGUAAAAUAAGUUUCAUGCUUACCGCAUAAAACCAGCUUAAAAUCUCACUACCAGUUCUGCCCGGUUUAGAAAGUAGUCCCAACUGGUAGAAAGUUUUUAAUUUUCUGUAGUUACUGUCAGACAUCUUAAUACUUAUACUUUCCAAAAGAUAAUUAGUCACUGUAAGAAAUCUUAUCACUUGUUCUUUUUAGUAGCUAAUUAGUUACUGUAAGAAAUCUUAUCACUUGUUAUUUUUAGUAGCUAAUUAGUUACUGUAAGAAAUCUUAUCACUUGUUCUUUUUAGUAGCUAAUUAGUUACUGUAAGAAAUCUUAUCACUUGUUCUUUUUAGUAGGUAACUAGUUACGGUAAAGCAUCUCAUUACUUGUCCCUUUCAAUAGCUAAUUAGUUACUGUCAGGCAUCUUAUU